GAUAAAAUUGGUCUAGCGGAUUUGGAGUUGUUUGGUUACCAACACAGUGACACUAGAAAUUUCAAUUAUCAUCUUUAUAAUUGCGGAGACGAUCAGAAAUUAUUUUAUAGUUGUAAAAUGCCUUUUUAGUGCAGCAAUAUCAUUUCUCAUCGGUUUGACAAUUGGCAUAUGGCAAUUUAGGACUUGGCAGCAGGCAGCCUUCAUUGUAGAGAUUUUAUUAAAAUGAACACAACAAAGGUAAAUAAAAAUAAAUCUCACCCUCAACCCAACAAAAUUGAAACCGAAAAAGUACGUACCAAGAAAGCAAAACGAAAACGCAAACAUAGUUUCAAAAGGUGUCGUAAAGAAACCAAAAAUAAUCCAUUUUCCAUCGCAAUGUCUACAUGGGCUCAGAAUUUCACAAUGGCAUCAAACUGGCAAAUGAAACAUGAACUUGCCUUUUGGAAAGCCAGAGCAAAAACGCUAGAGUACGAAAAUAGAUUAUUACAUGAUGUUAUUAAAAAGAAUUACCUAAAAACAUCGGAAGUUCCAAAAGAAAAUGACCAGGAAAAUGAGAGUGAAACUCAACAGGACCAAGCACAACAUAAUAACACAGAUGGUGCAGAGUGUUAUGAGGAGAAUGUUGAAGAUGAUGAUGAUGAUUGUAUGGAGGAUGGGAAUGAUGAAUUCAUAGUCAGUGAAGAGUUUAUUGAGUUUGUAAGAGCAAAUGCAAAGUUUAAAGAGGAUGCUAGGCUAGAACGCGAAAGGUUAAGGAAUCAACAAGAUACAACUGAACAACAAGUAGAAGAAGAUAAUAUUAUGACAGAAGACAAAUUAAAAGAGCUCUAUGGGGAGAAAUGGCAAAAAAUAUGUGCAUUAGAGAUGUCUUUAUUAACAGACUUUAUGAAUAAGAAAGAUAAGGCUACCUAUUGGCCCAACAUACCUUUUAAUUUUAGCUAAUAAAUAUUUAAAAGAUAUGUAAAUAUUGUAGUAACAAUAGUCUCUGCCCAUUUCUAAUUACUUUUCUACUUGUGUUGAAUGUAGAAAUAUAUAAUUUCUACUUUGUUUUUCUUCUUUUUUGGCUCUGUUACGGUUUGUGCAUUAGCCAGCAUCAGGUACAAGAUUUUUAUAAUUCGUUAUAAACAUCAUUAUCAUACUCUAUAUCUAUAUAUUUCUACUUAUUCUACCUAGAUAUAAACAUGUCUAUGGAGCUGAAAGAAUCACCCUACUUGUACACUAAUAAUUGUUCAUUGUUACAUAUGGACAGGUUAUCAACUAUUGAAAAUCUAACCACUUUUAAGUAAUAUUAAAUAUUUUACUGUGAUAACCGGAUUGAUUUGUUUCAUCGUAAUGAUUGUAUUAUAAGAUAAUAAUAAAUUAAUCAUUUAAAAGAUAUGUUAGAAAGAGUUUGGAAUAAUACAAUUGACAUAUUAAUUCAAUUCUUUUGAUAAUGGAUAUAUUAAAGUGUGUAAUGACCAUGUAAAAAUGUUUUAGAACAAUAUUUCAAACCAGUGAUUU